AUGGAGACAAGGCACUUACCUUUUCCGUUAGUUGUAGUGCUACUGAUAACGCUAAGCUGUGCGGCGGAGGAGGACGGUUCCACCAGCAUCAUCUUCACCACACUCGGCAGAGCCUUCUACGCCUUCGACAUCUAUUCUCUUCCAAUUCACCAACAACCUCUCGCUCCUAACCAAGAACUUCAACUCACCGAUGGCCACUCCGUUAAUUUCAACGGCCAUUUCAUUUCCAAUGCUUCCUCUAUCCAACUCCCCACACACUCUCCUCCUCUCCAACUCGUUUACGUAACGGAGAGAAACGGAUCACCCACCAUUUACUUAGACGCCGUUUAUACUUUCACUUCCACAACUCAAAAAUCUAUCGUCGCGGACAGAACCCAAACCCCUUUGUUACCGAACAAGCCCACCGAAACUUCUCAACCUUCCAUCAAAGACAAACCCAGUGUUACCCCCGAUGGAGAGUUUUUGAUAUACGUUUCCACACACGAGGACCCAGGUGUGCCACGGGCCAGUUGGGCCGCGGUUUACUCCACCCACCUCCAAUCGGGCCUCACCCAGAGACUCACCCCCUACGGUGUCGCUGAUUUCAGCCCAGCUCUUUCCCCUUCCGGUCUCUGGACCGCUGUCGCUUCCUACGGCCCAGAUGGGUGGGCCGGCGAAGUAGAGGAUCUCACCACAGACAUCUACGUCUUCCUCACUCGCGACGGAACUCACCGAGUCAAAAUCGUCGACCACGGUGGCUGGCCCUCCUGGGUCGACGAUCGCACUCUUUACUUCCACCGUAGAGGUGACGACCAGUGGUGGAGCAUUUAUAAAGCGAUUCUUCCCUCCAACGGUCCCGUUUCCGUUGAUUCAGUUAUCGUCGAACGAGUCACCCCACCGGGUCUCCACGCGUUCACACCUGCCACCUCCCCAGGCAACAACAACUUCAUCGCCGUCGCAACGAGAAGACCAAGCUCAAGCUUUCGUCAUAUCGAAUUAUUCAACCUGGUUAGUAACGAAUUCACUGAGCUGACUCGGUUGGUCUCACCUAGUUCGCACCACCUUAACCCCUUCAUCUCGCCCGAUUCAUCGCGAGUCGGAUACCACAAGUGCAGAGGAGAACCCAAAGCAGACAAUAGCCCCCAGUUCUUACUCGAAAACGUUCGGAGCCCCGUCCCCGGUUUAUCUCUAUUCCGGUUCAUCGGUUCUUUCCCGGUUUUCUCACCCUCCGGAGACCGGAUCGCGUAUGUUGAUAUGCCGGGGGUUUAUGUCGUGAACCGGGACGGUUCGAACCUGCGUAAGGUUUCCAACGCGAUGGCUUUUUCCACCUCCUGGGACCGGGUUCGACCCGGUGUCAUAUACACUGCGAUUGGGCAAACAUUUGCCUCGGAGAGCACGCAGGUUGAUAUCGUGUCCAUUGACGUUGAUCACGGAAACAGUGUGAAGAGGUUGACCUUGGACGGAAAGAACAACGCGUUUCCGUCAUCCUCCCCGGACGGGAAAUGGAUUGUGUUUCGGUCGGGUCGGUCGGGUCACAAGAACCUUUACAUAAUGGACGCUGUUGAUGGAGAGAGAAAGGCGCUUCGAAUAUUGACGGAGGGUCCGUGGACUGACACGAUGUGCAACUGGUCACCGGAUGGGAAAUGGAUCGCUUUCGCGUCAGACCGGCAUGCUCCGGGUACCGGGAGUUUCGAGUUGUAUCUGAUCCAUCCGAACGGAACCGGGUUGCGGAAGGUGUUUCAGAGCGGGUCCGGCGGAAAGACGAACCACCCUUAUUUUAGCCCCGAUGGGAAGAGCUUAACGUUUACUUCUGAUUAUGCGGGUAUAUCUUCUGAACCAAUCUCGAACCCGCAUCAUUACCAACCCUAUGGUGAAAUAUUCAGCAUCAGAUUGGAUGGGUCGGGUUUGAAGAGACUGACUCAUAAUUCCUACGAGGAUGGAACACCGGCCUGGUCUCCCAAGUAUAUAAGGCCACUGAAUGUUAAGAGGCCAAAGGGGGGACCCUAUUGCUUCUUCGAAGAUUGUCAUUGGCUCAACAAUAUGCCCAAUUCCUCUGCCUUUACUCUGUAUAAUAAGCCUCAGUGUGCUCUGUGA